AUGACAGCUUCGGCAUCUCUCGCAACCGCCAACGACGGGAUAUUGGUUCUCGUCAAAAUCGAGACUCGCGAUGCCAUGACGAAUUUGGAUGGCAUUCUUUCUGUAGAUGGCCUCGGUAUGCCUGUCAUAUGGUGUUCUCGUUGGUCUUAUGGUCUGUCGCUCUCGCAUGGGUACCGAUCGCCGUCUCUCGACUUGCAACCGGAAGUCGAGGUGCUGAUCCAAAACGUACGGAGA